CGGGAGAUCAGGCCGCCAUAGAGGCAUUGCAGACAGUGCGUUUGGGAGGUGUAGUGGAAGAAAAGCAAGAGAAACGGAGUAAAUGAGAGCACUUUUGUCCAGAUUGUUGAAGGACUUAUCAACGUUAUAUCCCGCCGAAACAGCUCACUAGAAUGAGACGGACACAUUGUUGAAUUCCUGUCCAGAUAACCACAAGCCUUGUGCUCUGGGCUGAUUAAAGACAACUUGGGAAACGAAGUGACUCUCCCUGUGGAAAUCCUGGAUCCUUUACCCUGUCCACCAACAUGACCAAUGUGGUGAUCGUCAAGGAGGGAUGGCUGCAUAAAAGAGGAGAAUACAUCAAGACCUGGAGGCCAAGGUAUUUUCUUUUGAAGAGCGAUGGUACAUUCAUUGGCUACAAAGAGCGACCACAAGAUGUCGACCAGCUGGAAACCCCCUUAAAUAACUUCUCUGUAGCACAAUGCCAGCUGAUGAAGACAGAACGACCCAAGCCCAACACAUUUAUCAUCCGCUGCCUGCAGUGGACCACUGUCAUCGAGCGCACCUUCCACGUAGAGACCCCUGAGGAGAGGGAAGAGUGGACAAAAGCUAUUCAGGCAGUAGCAGAAGGCCUGCAGAAACAAGAGGAGGAGAUGAUGGACUCCUCUCCGGACCCCAUGGACAUGGAGGUCUACCUGACCAAACCCAGACACAAAGUGACUAUGCACGACUUUGAAUACCUCAAACUCCUGGGAAAAGGCACUUUUGGAAAAGUUAUCCUGGUAAAGGAGAAGGCCACGGGACGCUACUAUGCCAUGAAGAUCCUAAAAAAGGAGGUGAUCGUAGCAAAAGAUGAAGUGGCGCACACACUCACAGAAAACAGAGUCCUCCAGAAUUCAAAGCACCCAUUUUUGACAGGGCUGAAAUACUCUUUCCAAACACACGACCGCCUUUGCUUUGUCAUGGAAUAUGCAAAUGGAGGCGAGCUUUUCUUCCACCUUUCAAGGGAUCAAGUAUUCUCAGAGGAGCGAGCUCGGUUCUACGGUGCAGAGAUUGUGUCGGCACUUGACUACCUGCAUGCCGAAAGAAACGUGGUCUACCGAGAUCUAAAGUUGGAAAAUCUAAUGCUGGAUAAAGAUGGACACAUCAAGAUAACAGAUUUUGGCCUAUGCAAGGAGGGGAUCAAAGAUGGCGCCACCAUGAAAACUUUCUGUGGAACACCAGAGUAUUUGGCACCUGAGGUACUGGAGGACAACGAUUAUGGCCGUGCUGUGGACUGGUGGGGUCUCGGCGUGGUGAUGUAUGAGAUGAUGUGCGGUAGGCUGCCGUUUUACAACCAGGACCACGAGAAACUGUUCGAACUUAUCCUCAUGGAGGACAUCCGCUUUCCACGGACACUCGGUCUGGAGGCGCGCUCUCUGCUCUCCGGACUCCUCAAAAAAGACCCCAUGCAGAGGUUAGGUGGCGGUCCUGAUGAUGCCAAGGAAAUUAUGCACCACAAGUUCUUUGCUGGGAUCGAAUGGCAGGACGUUUAUGAGAAAAAGUUGGUCCCGCCCUUCAAACCCCAAGUUACCUCGGAGACAGACACUCGAUAUUUUGAUGAGGAGUUCACUGCACAGACCAUCACCAUUACGCCACCCGGACAAGACGACAGCAUGGAGUCUUUCGACAGCGAGCGGAGACCCCACUUCCCUCAGUUCUCCUACUCUGCCAGUGGGGUGGCCUGAACCACACUUCCGCAUUCCUCUGGUCCCUCCGUCAACUCCUUCCACCUAUGACCUCUUUCCCUUCCACCUGACUGCACCCUCUAUAAAGACUGGCUCGUCCUCCUUGCGUUCUCUGCGGAACAUCACCUCACCUCAUCGCCCAGCCGGUGUUCUGCAGGAAACAGGAAGGGCAAGGGUACACAAACAGAGCCGUUUUUUUGUUGUUGUUUUUUUCCUGUGCAAGCGCGCCCUUAACACUAGUCUUCAUCUUCCGAUUAUCAUGUUGUCUAGCGCACACACACACACACACACACACACACACACACACACACACACACACGUUAACUUUGAUGCAACAAUUGGGCCACUGCCAUAAAUUUCAAGAAGGGCUGUUAUUUUGUCUAUCCUAUUUGAACAGGAAUCAAUCAUUUCAAGUGGAAAUAAUAAAUAGUACCAUGAACUAAAAACAUACAAUUAUUCACUGUGUGUGUGUGUGUGCGUGUGUGUGUGUGUGUGUGUGUGUGUGUGUGUGUGUGUGUGUGUGUGUGUGUGUGUGUGUGUGUGUGUGUGUGUGCGCGUGCGCGUGUGUGCGUGCCUGUUGCUUGUCUUCUCUUCAAAUCAAAACCAAACCUUUCAAGACAUUUACAGAGUCUCAAAAGUGAAUGUACCGUCUGAAAUAAAGUUAAUGUUUCCUGCAUAUACACAACACCUCAGUGGCUGUAAUGAAUCAGUUGUGCGAAAGGCAAAGAGGGUUUGAUUCUUGUUAAGGUAAACCUCAAGAGUGUUUGCACACAAAGAUGUUUUGUAGUUCUCGUUGCCUUCCUUUUUUUUUUCAUAAUGCUGCACAGCAAACACCUCUCGGGGUUACCCUUCCGAUCCGAAUCGGCCGGGCCCUGGCUGACCCAUCAGAACCUCUUCUCUCUUGUAGAUUUUCCUUCUAGUAAAGUAUUGGGUGUUUCCCAUCCAGUGCUUCCUCUGCAGCCUCAGUGAGGUCACUUUAACAUGAUAUGUUUCUGUAGUAACACAAAGUGGGCUUCAGGGGAAAACACCAAUUUGCGUCUUACAGGGGAUUUAUGUCCCUUUGCCAACUCCUUAUUUAUAUGAGACCAGCAUUUACCUAUUAUUAACACGUUUUAAUGUGCCAAUGAAAUGCACCUUGCUGCCCCAAAAUGAUUGUAUCUGGACUUUGUAUUUGUGGUUGGUAAAGACUAAAUUACUGUGUGAUAUUCAAUUGUUGUGGAUGAAUUCAAACCUUUUUAAAAACAAGGCUGGGGCUAAACCAGCACACUUUAAAGUGUGAUGAGGUUUUCGAUGUGAUUAAAAUGACGGAUAAUCAUUUUUUUAAAGUGCAUUAUGCCUUAUUGAAUGUAACUGUUUUUAUUCUGUUUUCACUUCAAAUGUUUUUGUUUUGUUUUAAUCUGAUUGUUGCUUAUUCCUAAUGCACAUCCCCUUUUUCCUGUCACCUUCUGAAAAAUAGGGAAAGUCAUUUUGUAUUUUUUAUUUGUAUUGCAACUUUUUUUGUACCAUCCCUACCAUACGAUUUGCAAGACUGAGGACACCAGCUUUAGUAAACAAAUAAUAUAAACUUUGUACACUGUUUUUACUUGUUUCUUUCAAACUGAUUGAAUAAAAACGUCUUAACAUUG